AGAGAGAGAGAGAGAGUGCGGGACACUGAGAUGCGAAAUACAAAGGAAAGAAAGAAGCAAAGUAAACAAUACAAAAACAAAACCGGGUUCGGCGGGUCAAACCAUAUUCUUUCUCUCAUUCUUGUAUAAGCUACAAGGAGUGUUGUAGUUCAUUCCGUUUCUUCACUCUCUUUCUCUUUCACAUUCACUCUCUCACCACAUGCUUUGCCUAGAUCCGGGUUGCUGGUAGACAGUGUUCCGUGUGUGCAGAAAAUGUUGUGUAUGAGAGAUGUGUAUUGUGAGCAGCUUGAAUGCACAGUUGAAUGAGUAUGACACUGAGAGAAUUCUGCUGCGUUGUGAAUUAUGCUUAAAUUUUGAUUUGAGGUAAAAGUAACUGGAAAUUAUGGAAGAAAUACAGUCUCAAUCAGAUAAUUAUAGAUCUUCAUCGUCAUCGGCGAGCAGCCCCGCGAGUAGGGUGCCAUCAAGCAACUUCUUUUACCUGCGUAAGCCUGGUUCACUCAGGCAGCCCAUCUCCUUUGAGGAUUCACCCGAGUGGGAUGAUACUGAUAUUGAUGUUAGAGUUGAGGAAGGAGUUGACUCUAUUAAUGUUGCAACUACACCAGCUUCUCCUUCCCUUUCAAAGCUCAACAGUGGGUCCCUGCCAUCACCACGUCUACCGGAGGGUGCUGUAAUUCCACGGAAAAUUGCCGGCGCUUCUGUUGCGUGGAAAGAUUUGACCAUUACAAUAAAGGGUAAACGGAAGUACUCUGAUAAGGUCAUUAAGAGUUCAACUGGUUAUGCCCUACCUGGGACUAUGACUGUAAUUAUGGGGCCUGCUAAAUCAGGGAAGUCUACCUUAUUGCGAGCCAUUGCAGGAAGAUUGAACUCUUCUUCCAGGAUGUAUGGUGAAGUGUUCGUGAAUGGAGCAAAAUCACAAUUGCCAUAUGGGUCUUAUGGUUAUGUGGAGAGAGAAACCACUCUGAUUGGAUCCCUCACUGUGCGGGAGUUUCUGUAUUAUGCAGCCCUUCUUCAGCUUCCUGGUUUCUUUUGUCAGAAAAAAAGUGUGGUAGAGGAUGCUAUACAUGCAAUGUCUUUAGGUGAUCAUGCAAAUAAACUCAUAGGUGGACAUUGUUAUAUGAAAGGACUUCCUAGCGGGGAGAGAAGGCUUGUUAGCAUUGCCAGAGAGCUUGUAAUGCGACCACGAAUUUUAUUUAUAGACGAACCUCUCUAUCAUUUGGACAGUGUCUCGGCACUUUUAAUGAUGGUUACAUUGAAGAGACUUGCAAGCACUGGUUACACUCUCAUCUUGACCAUAUAUCAGAGCAGUACAGAAGUAUUUGGCCUUUUUGAUCGUAUAUGUCUACUUUCAAAUGGAAACACACUCUUCUUUGGUGAAACACUAGCUUGCUUGCAGCACUUCUCAAAUGCUGGAUUUCCUUGCCCAAUCAUGCAAAGUCCUUCUGAUCACUUUCUACGUGCAAUUAAUACAGAUUUUGACAGGAUAAUCGCCAUGUGUAAAAACUGGCAGGAUGACAAUGGGGAUUUUUCUUCUGUAAACAUGGACACUGCUGUUGCUAUACGCACCCUUGAAGCAACGUAUAAGUCAUCAGCGGAUGCAGCUGCUGUUGAAACUAUGAUUCUGAAACUCACUGAGAAGGAAGGUCCAGUUCUCAAAAGCAAGGGUAAAGCUAGCAAUGCUACUCGGAUAGCAGUUUUGACAUGGAGAUCUUUAUUAGUUGUGUCAAGGGAGUGGAAAUAUUACUGGCUCCAUCUUAUUCUUUACAUGCUCCUCACACUGUGUAUUGGCACUGUAUUUUCUGGUCUUGGGCAUUCUCUGUCUUCUGUUGUGACAAGAGUUGCAGCAAUUUUUGUAUUUGUAUCAUUCUGUUCCCUUCUCAUCAUUGCUAGGGUGCCUGCACUAAUGAAAGAAAUAAAGAUAUAUUCCUGUGAAGAAUCAAACCAACACUCCAGUACACUGGUUUUUUUACUUGCGCAGCUCUUGUCCAGCAUUCCGUUUCUUUUUCUCAUCUCCAUUUCAUCAAGUCUAGUCUUCUACUUCCUGGUUGGGCUGGAAGAUCAAUUUAGCUUGUUAAUGUACUUUGUGCUCAAUUUUUUCAUGACUUUGCUGCUGAACGAAGGAAUUAUGUUAGUUGUGGCUACCUUGUGGCAAGAUGUAUUUUGGAGUGUCUUGACACUGUUGUGCAUUCAUGUGGUCAUGAUGCUUUCAGCAGGCUAUUUUAGAAUUCGAAAUGCCUUGCCUGGACCAGUUUGGAUGUAUCCAAUGUCGUAUAUAUCCUUUCACACAUACUCUAUUCAGGGACUAUUGGAGAACGAGUACCUAGGUACCUCCUUUGCAGUGGGGCAGGUAAGGACUAUAUCCGGGUUUCAAGCUCUCCAAAGUGCGUACAAUAUCUCCCAAGACAGUAAUUCGAAGUGGAAAAAUUUGUUGGUUUUGUUUCUUAUGGCAAUUGGUUAUCGUAUUUUUGUGUUCAUUUUAUUAUGUUUCUUCAUUGGGAGAAAAAUAUCCCUGCGUAAAUGUUUCAAGUGUAAUAGGGAUACAACAGAUCAUACAAGUUGAUGGGAACGGAAUGAUGUUCAGCCAUUUACAUUGUAUAAUUCCUUUUGAUCCAGUUCUGCUUGUCAACUCUAGUUUUGUGAAUUUACCUUUGACUAAUGAAGAGAAAACGUGGUAUUAUUAUUA